AUGGCGUCCCACAUCGUUGGAUACCCUCGCAUGGGACCCAAGAGAGAGCUCAAGUUUGCCUUGGAGUCCUUCUGGGACAAGAAGAGCACGGUUGAGGAUUUACAGAAGGUUGCUACCGACCUGAGGGCCUCCAUCUGGAAGCAGAUGGCUGACGCCGGGAUCAAGUACAUUCCCAGCAAUACCUUCUCGUACUAUGACCUUGUACUUGACACCACGGCAAUGCUCGGUGCUGUCCCUGAAAGAUAUGGUUACACGGGUGGAGAGAUUGGGCACGAAAUCUACUUCUCCAUGGCUAGGGGUAACGCCUCUUUGCCUGCUAUGGAGAUGACCAAGUGGUUUGACACGAACUAGUGAGUUAUCCAUGAGACCAUCUAUUCGUAAUGUUCUUUUUCAUAUAAGUCUUAACCGCAGUUACCUUUACAUUGUCUCAUCAAAUGCGUUAAACGUUCUUUGUUUUCUCUGGUUCAGCCAUUACAUUGUCCCCGAGCUUGGGCCACACACAAAGUUCUCCUAUGGUUCUCACAAGGCUGUGUCUGAAUAUAAGGAGGCUAAAGCUGUAAGUGACAAUGUCACACAUUUUUCGUUCAGUGAGCAGCAAAUUUUGUCCUCAGCUUUAUACUCAUGUGUGUUAAUGGCAUUGGGUUUGAAUAAGUGAUCAUUCAUAAAUCCACGCCUAUCUUGAUUUGUCUUUUGUUCUGGCAUUCAUUUGACUUCGAGAUUGUUCUCAAGUUUCACCCACGUAAAUUGAACAUCUCUCAAAUGAAGAACAAUACAAAGUCCAGAUUCAUCCAUAUUUCUCUGCUGCAUUUUAAUUGUUAAACAUUUGUUUUACCUUCUCCUCAUCCUGUGAGUUUUUUUUUCAUUGCUAACCUCUCAUAUUUUCACUGUGUUUUUGGUACAGCUUGGGAUCGAUACAGUUCCUGUUCUUGUUGGGCCAGUGACCUACUUGUUGCUGUCAAAGCCUGCAAAGGGAGUAGAAAAAUCGUUCUCUACCCUGUCUUUGCUGGGAAGUGUUCUGUCCAUCUACAAGUAAGAAUUCCAACUUGUCCAGUCUUUGGUGUUAAGUUCACCAUAUGUGCGUUGUUUGCUUCGAUCCAUGGUUGGUAACCAGAGCUGUGUUAUGCACAGGGAGGUUAUUGCUGAACUCAAGGAAGCCGGUGCUUCAUGGAUUCAAUUUGACGAGCCCACUCUCGUCUUGGAUCUUGACGCCCAAAAGCUGGAGGCUUUCACACAGGCUUACUCUGAAUUGGAAUCUUCAUUGUCUGGUUUGAAUGUGCUUAUUGAGACCUACUUUGCUGAUGUUCCUGCCGAGGCUUACAAGUCAGUUGCAGUUGUUUCCUUGUCUUCUAUCCCAUAUUCCCCAGUUUGCAAUGUCACUUUUUGCACGGUAACUAAAUCAUUUGCCGCUGAUUUCGUUUUCCUUUAGGACUCUCACCUCGUUGAAUGGCGUCUCUGCAUUUGGCUUUGAUCUUGUUCGUGGAACCAAAACUCUGGAUCUGAUUAAGUGUGACUUCCCCGCCGGCAAGUACCUUUUUGCUGGAGUUGUUGAUGGCAGGAACAUUUGGGCCAAUGAUCUAGUUGCAUCCUUGGCCACCCUCGAAUCCCUCGAGGCCAUUGUUGGCAAAGGUGGUUAUAUCUUCAUUUGCAUUCUGGCUUUAGGGGUUGUUGAAAUGUGCUGCUCAUCACUCAUCUUCUGUUGCUUUUUGACAGACAAGCUUGUUGUCUCCACUUCGUGCUCUCUCACUCACACUGCUGUGGACUUGAUAAAUGAGACCAAGUUGGACGAUGAAAUCAAAUCGUGGCUUGCUUUUGCUGCUCAGAAGGUUGUUGAAGUGGAUGCCCUGGCCAAGUCAUUGGCUGGACAGAAGAAUGAGGUAUUAAUACUAUCGAUGUAGUAUUCUCUUGGAACUAGAGUAGAUCCGAGUGAGAGACUUUGUAUUAUCUAUCUAUCAUAUUACGCAGAGGGCAAGAUGGCUCAAUUUUACGUUUGGAAUGUUCAGGCGUUUUUCUCAGCUAACGCGGCUGCCUUAGCUUCGAGGAGGUCAUCCCCCAGGGUUACAAAUGAGGCGGUCCAGAAAGCUGUAAGCAUUGUUUAGGAAAGUCGUUGCCCACUCAGCCCACAUAUGGCGUAACACUUGUUUCCUUAACGAAGAGUUUUGAUCUUGUGCUGUGUAGGCCGCUGCGUUGAGGGGGUCUGACCAUCGCAGGGCAACAAAUGUCAGCGCUAGAUUGGAUGCGCAGCAGAAGAAGCUCAACCUUCCCCAUCUUCCCACCACCACCAUUGGGUCCUUCCCUCAGACCAUUGAGCUCCGACGGGUCCGCCGUGAGUUCAAGGCAAACAAGUACGCGACCUUAGAAAAGAGCUAACCAGAAGACAGUUGCAUCCCCAGAAGUUGUCACUAAUUUCUCGACGACAUUCUCCUUUUUCUUUCCUUUCUAGGAUCACCGAGGAGGAGUACAUUGCGGCCAUCAAGGAGGAGAUUAAGAAAGUCGUCAAGCUCCAGGAGGAUCUCGAUAUCGAUGUCCUCGUCCACGGAGAACCCGAGGUGAUGUGAUGUGAUGAGAGAAGUGGCUGCGAGUGGGCUGCGACCUUGAACGAGGAGAGAAACUGACUUGACUCGGCCUUUUUCUAAUCACGCAGAGGAACGACAUGGUCGAGUACUUCGGCGAGCAGCUCUCCGGGUUCGCGUUCUCGGCCAACGGCUGGGUCCAGUCCUACGGGUCGCGGUGUGUCAAGCCGCCGAUCAUCUACGGCGACGUGAGCCGCCCCAACCCCAUGACCGUCUUCUGGUCCAGCCUCGCCCAGAGCAUGACCGACCGCCCCAUGAAGGGCAUGCUCACCGGCCCGGUCACCAUCCUCAACUGGUCUUUCGUCAGGGACGACCAACCCAGGUGAGGCUCGCCCCCGGCUCUGGAUUCUCUCCUCCGGCCACGCAGAGCCGUGACCCUCUUUCGCCACCUCCCAGGUUCGAGACCUGCUACCAGAUCGCCCUGGCCAUCAAGAACGAGGUGGAGGAUCUCGAGGCCGCCGGCAUCCAGGUCAUCCAGAUCGACGAGGCCGCCCUGAGAGAGGGCCUUCCCCUCCGCAAGUCCGAGCAGGCCUUCUAUCUGGACUGGGCCGUCCACUCCUUCCGGAUCACCAACUGCGGCGUCAAGGACACCACGCAGGUAACCCCACUCGACCACACCCCUCCCCUCUCUUCCCCUUGAAUCCAACGGCGUCAACCGGAACCUAACCUCUCAAUGCUUGUUCCCGUGCGAUCUGCAGAUCCACACCCACAUGUGCUACUCCAACUUCAACGACAUCAUCCUCUCGAUCAUCGACAUGGACGCGGACGUGAUCACCAUCGAGAACUCGCGCUCCGACGAGAAGCUCCUGGCGGUGUUCCGCGAGGGCGUCAAGUACGGCGCCGGCAUCGGCCCGGGGGUCUACGACAUCCACUCCCCGCGUAUCCCCUCUGCGGAGGAGAUCGCCGACCGGAUCAACAAGAUGCUGGCGGUGCUCGACAACAACAUCCUCUGGGUCAACCCCGACUGCGGCCUCAAGACCCGCAAGUACGCCGAGGUCGUCCCCGCCCUCACCGCAAUGGUCCAGGCCGCCAAGCUCCUCCGCGCUGAGCUCGCCAGCGCCCACUAA